AUGGCCACCACAACGUCAGUAGGUCUCCUCCACACGCACGCGCACGCGUCGCUGAGCAAGCCCAUCGCGCAGCGCACCACCGGCCUGCUCUCCCACGAGCCAUGCGUCCCCUCGCAACUGUCCUCCGUCAAAUUCCUCUCCGGCUGCGAUUCCUUCCCCAACGCCAAACUCAAUGCCACCUCCGCAUCCUCAGGCUCCCUAUGCGUCCCCGGCGCGUUCCCCGCGGAAAAGCGGGGACUUAGAGUGGUAGCGGGCGGGCCUGGCCUGGCGGACGAGCAGGAUCAGGGGCGGCAGGGGUCGUCGGACGACUUUCCGCCGGUGCCGUCCGGGCGGAUGAUGGUUCCUAUGAUGAAGAAGGGCUACGGCGCUUUCGGCGGUGCGACGCUCGAGAAGUCCAAGCUCGACCUCUCGUUCUCCGCCACCAAGACCUCCCCACAGAUUGACCUGGGCGGUGGAGGUGGUAACGUCGGCAAGGGCGGAGCGCACGGCGGAGGCGACGGCGGCGACGAUGGCGGCGACGAUGACGACUAUUUCGGCGAGGACGACGGCGACGACGGCGACGACGACGGUUUCAUCCGUCGAGCGAUCAUCUCCGAGGUAUUCGACAGGGCGUCGGUGGAGGCGGUGCUGCAGGAGUGGUUCCGAACCAUGGCGGACCUUCCCUCCGGCAUCAGACGAGCCGUCGAAAUGGGUCUGGUGAGCUCCGCGCAGGUCGCGCGCUUCAUGUCGAUCGACGCGCGCCCCACCAUCGCGCGCAUCGUCUCCCGCGCCACGCCAGCCGAGGUCUCGCGCGCGUUCGUCGGCCGCAUGAUGGCGGAUCCGGCGUUCAUCUACAAGCUGCUGCUGGAGCAGGCGGUCACCGUGGGCACGUCCGCGUGGUGGGAGGUCAAGCAACGCGGCGACAGACUGAAGGACGAGUGGGGUCUGGCGUUGACCAACGUGCUGACGCUAUCUCUCUGCAACGCGGCGGUGGUGUGGUCGCUGUCCCCCACGCGCUCCUACGGCAGCACGGCCACGUCUGAGUGGCAGAUGGCGUUGCAGAAGCUGCCCAACCACAUGUUCGACAAGAGCUACCCCCUGCGCGAGUUCAACCUGCCCGCCCGCGCCGGCAGCUUCUUUUAUAAUGCGGCAAAGCUCAGCCUCUUGGGAUCUACGGUCGGCGCACUGGGGGGCCUUGCCUCCAACGCCAUCCUCUCAGCCGUUUCUAAGGGCAAGGAGGGGUACCGGCCAUCAGUGCCGGUGCCGUCAGCCAGCACGAGUGCAGCAGCAUACGGGGCACACACGGGGCUGUCAGGCAACCUGCGCUACCAGCUGCUCUAUGGACUCGAUCGUGUGUUGCAGCAGCACUUCAACCACAUCCCCGUCGCUGUCCUCGGCACCACCGCCCUCAGGUGUGGCAAUGUUCUGUUGGGCGAGCCGUCUCGUCUGAUGUGGCUGGGGAUGGACGGCGAGGCGCAGCAACAGGCCAAGGCAGAGCAGCAGGCAUACCACCGCCCGUCCCGCUCCUCCGGUGCCGGCUCCAAGACAAACUCGUUCCUCCAAUCACUGCUCGGCAAGAAAACAGACCAAGCACAGCCUAAAAAGAAGAGUGCUGCUAGGAGAGUGACCAAGGCUGCGGCUGCAGGAGGGGCGGAGGCAGGGGCGGAAGCGGGUGCGGCUAGUGCAGAGGGGGCGGAGAAGGUGCAAGGAACGGGAGGUGCAGCUCGCACGACAAAGCGCAAGAAGCAUCUUGACGCGUACACAUCAGACGAUGACGAGGCGAAUGUGCGACGUCGCCUGGCGGCGGAGGGGCUGGAGAUGCGCGACCUGGUGCCACGUGGACGAAUGAGCGCGUGGCACGUGGCCAUCGUGUUUGUGUAUCACAUGCUGCCGUACACGCCCCUCCCCUGCACGCUCGCCACGCUUGCCUGCUUCUAUGGGUACAGUGCGUACGGUUGGCAGGGCGCAGUGGCGGUGGUGGUGCUGCUGCUCCUCCUCCGCCUCAUCCCCCUCUACUACAACUCUGCCUGGCGCAAGAAACUCACUUUCCUAUACGAAGCAAUGGCGCACUACAUGACACGCGUGCACGUCAUCAUGCCAGCUCAGCAGGUGCCACGUGGCGGGUACCUGUUCACAGCGCACCCGCACGGGCGCAUGUUCUACAGCAGCAGCAUGCUUACUCAGACCGCGCACCUCUGGAAAGACUUGUUCUGCCCCCACGGCGAGCUGUUCGGUGCGGCCAACAGCACAUUCUUUGAGGUGCCUGUCAUCCGGUCCAUGCUAUAUCUGGCUGGAGCCAUCCCUGCCAGCCGCGGCAGCAUCAUUGCCAAGCUCAGACACGGCGACCAUGUGGGCAUAGUGGUGGGCGGCAUCAGGGAGGUGUGUCUGGGGACCAACCCGCACACAGACGUGCUCUACCUCAUGAGGAGGCGUGGGUUUGCACGCAUAGCAGUGGAGGAGAAGGUGGGUGUCAUUCCCAUGUACUGCUUCAAUGAAACCCAGCUGUUCAAGCACGAUCCACUCUGGCUGCUCCAGUUCUGGGCUGUGGUGAAUCGCUACUGGCGCAUUGGCGUCCCGUUCAUGAGGGGGGUGUGGCACAUGCCAAUGCCAUUCCGCAGGGACCUACUUAUUGUGAUUGGGAAGCCUCUGUUCCCACGAGAUGGAGAGACCGUUGAUGAGUUUCAUGCCAGAUAUGUGGAUGAAAUAUCAGUCAUCUUUCAUAGUUAUGAAACUGAACGGGAUUCAGCGCAGCUGCUAACGGGAAUAUCGAUCUCCUCACACCCACUGCGACAUGACUUCAUUCACGUGCACCCGUCUUCUCCCUUCUCUUUCUGCUCCACUCACGCCAUGGCGCCCGUGCGCGAGGCCCAUUUUCCCGUGCCAGUGCUCUCCGAUAACCCCGACGGCUGGGGUCCCACCACUCUCCCCGAGCAGUUUAAAGACGUCCCUUACGCGCCGUUCAAUAAGGGCGACCGCGUCGGCCGCGCGGCGGACUGGACCUCCCAAGGAUACCGUCGCUACGAUCGCGAUCGCCAAGGCGGGGCGGGCGGGGUGAAUGCCGCCUUCUCCUUCUUCCAAGAUCAGGAUGAGGACUCGUUUCAACUCGUGGACACCAAGCCGGUACAGAAGCCUCGUUAUGGCCCCCGCCGCUUCUUCCAGAAUCGGUUCCAGAACCGGCGCGGGGAGGAGGGGAAGCGCGACGGGCGCGACAGCGGCGCGGGCGCGGACAGGGAGCGGCAGCGGCAGCAGCGCAUGCAGCAGCAGAAGCGCGGGCAGUGGAACCCGUACUACGACCGCAACGCGCAGCGCGCCACGUACAACAGCUCCGUCGACAUCCGGCCCGAGUGGGUCGUGCUGGAACAGAUCCCGCUCUCUGCGCUCUCGAAACUUUCUUUCAACGCUGGGGAACCUCAGGACGUUACGACAUGCGGCGCGUUGGAGUAUUACGACAAGACGUUUGACCGAGUCAACCCCAAGUCGGAACGUCCUCUAGAGAGGUGUGAAACGCGCCAGUUCCACAAGGUGACGACCAGCGACGACCCCGUGGUGAAGCGCCUGGCGGCGGAGGGCGGGGACGCGCCCGCGGUGUUCGCGACGGAUGCCAUCCUGUCCACGCUCAUGUGUGCGCCGCGCUCCGUGUACUCGUGGGACGUCGUCGUGCAUAAGAGCGGCGGGAAGCUGUUCUUCGACCAGCGGGACUCAUCUUUCGAUCUGCUCACGGUGAACGAGACAGCAACAGGCAUCGAGCCAGCGCCAGAGGACAGCAUCAACGGCAUUGCGUCGCUCAGCCAGGAGGCGACGUUCAUCAACCAAAACUUCUCUCAGCAGAUCGUCAACAAGAAGGGAGCCAAGAGGCAGUUCGCGGAGGCGAAUCCUUUUGCAGCGGAGGGCGAGGAGGUGGCAUCUGUGGCGUACCGCUACCGCAAGUGGAUGCUGGAUGGGGACAUGCCACUGGUGGUGCGCUGUGAGUUGGACGCGGUGGUGGACAUGCGGGGGCAGGAGAUGCUGGCGACGGUGAAUGCGCUGAACGAGUUUGACCCCAAGGUCACGGGCGUGGACUGGCGCGCCAAGAUCGACAAUCAAAGGGGCGCGGUGCUAGCAACGGAGCUGAAGAACAACAGCAACAAGCUCGCCAAGUGGACGGCACAAGCGCUGCUCGCAGGGGCUGAUCUGAUGAAGCUGGGGUACGUGUCGCGAGUGUUCCCCAAGAACAACCUCAAGCACACCAUCCUCGCAGUGCAGGCAUACAAGCCGCGCGAGCUAGCCAUGCAGAUCACGCUCUCCUCCGCCAACAUGUGGGGCAUUGUUAAGCACAUAGUGGACAUGUGUAUGAAGCUUGAGGAUGGCAAGUACCUCAUCGUUAAGGACCCCAACAAGCCCUUCCUAAGGCUGUACGAGGUGCCAUCAGACGCCUUUGACAACGACUAUGUGGAAGAGCCCCUUCCUGAGGAGGAGCAGGCCCCGCCUCCCCCGGAGCCAGCUGACGGUGAUGCAGAGGCAGCAGCAGCAAGUGAUUCCAAUGCUGCUGCGUGA